UAUAUUUAACCUCACAUGUCGACGUCGACAUGUUAAUUCGUUUAAGACUCGAUCAAAUUUCGGUUGCCAACAAUGCAGUGAUUUAUAUACGUUUUUGUCACUUCAGUCGUAACGCAUCGGUAUCAAAGUGGAUAUGGAUAUUCCUUCAAGUUACAGACAAUCUUCAGGAAAAAGAAAACCAAGUAAGAAGGGUGGUUCUAAACCCCAGCUUUUUGAUGACACCAGUCAGAGUGUCCAGUCCCCACCGCCACUUGGCUAUGGGCCGCCACAGGCAGGCUUCAUGGAUCCUUCACAAGGGAAUCAGUCUUUUGGAGCGGGUCACCAAGGGGCACCUGCAUGGGGUCACCAGCAGUUUCCAGGGCAACAGUUAUUUAAUGAUCCAAUGGCAAACAUGGCUAUGCAGUAUGGGAGCUCACUGGCUGGGCAGGGCAAAGAUUUAGUCAAUAAAAAUUUGGAAAAAUAUGUCUCCACUUCGAAAUUGAAAUACUACUUUGCCGUUGACACAUCAUAUGUAGCAAAGAAAUUAAUGACAUUGUUUUUCCCAUUUACCAAAAAGGACUGGUCAAUAAAGUUUAACCAGGACCAGCCAGUUGCACCAAGAUUUGAUGAAAAUGCACCCGACUUGUAUAUACCUGUAAUGGCCUUUGUCACCUACAUACUGGUGUCAGGAGUAGUACUGGGAACACAAGAACGGUUCACACCGGAGCAUCUGGGCAUGCAGGCCAGUACAGCGCUGGUGUGGCUCAUCAUAGAGCUGGUGGCAGUAAUGUUGAGUCUCUACAUCAUGAACCUGACCACUGACCUCAAGUACAUGGACAUCCUUGCAUACAUUGGAUACAAGUUUGUGGGGUAUGUAUAUGGACAUCUUUGCAUACAUUGGAUACAAGUUUGUGGGCAUGAUCUUCAUUCUGCUAGGAGGCAUGCUGUUUCAGAGCACUGGCUUCUAUGGACUGCUGGUGUGGUUCAGCCUAACUAUCAUCUUUUUUCUGGUGCGAACUUUAAAAGUGCAGAUAUUGCCACACACACAAGGGGAGGAACAUCACGGACAUGGGACCAAGCGAAGCCUGUAUCUCAUAGUGACCAUAUCCCUCAUGCAGCCCGUCCUCAUGUGGUGGCUUACCAGGCAUAUUGUGUUUGCAAAAUAGCUAUGACGUAUUGCCCUUCCCCUAACCAUGUCAUUUACUUUGACUUCUUGAACUUGACUUGUAAAAACUUGCUUUGGCCUUGUGAUUUACAUAGGUAUGAUAAAUAGUAUUUAGCAGAUUAAAUCUACAUUAUGAGCAAUUGAUGUUGUAACAUUAUAUUCUGUUAAUGUCCAUUGUAAGCCAAAAAGUCAUAUAAGUCUUCUUUGCACAUUGCUGAUAAGGCGCUUUAGCCAUCAGAGUUGUUUUGUUGUUGACAGAAUACUGUACUAUAUAUUUUAAAUUGCAAAUACUUGUGGCUUUGAUUGUGUUGUUGUUUGUUUGGGAAAUGAAUUUUUUAAAUUGUGAUUUCAGAUGGAUUUACUUGUAUAAAAGAUGAGACUUGUAUUUGGUUAAGUGUGUUACGUGUUAAAAACAAAACACAAAUGUGGGGACUGCUGUUUUUCCAUUGACAAACCUCUAUUACUGAUCAUAAAUUAUGAAUUUUAUUGAAUAAACAAACAAUUUAAUAAAAAUUGAAAUAUUAGACCAAAGUUUUUAUACAUUUAAAUUAAAUACGAAACGUUAACCAAUGCCUGACAUUUAAACUAAAUGCAUGUCAUGUAGGCAUCAUCAUGUGUGUUGUUAUGCAAGUCUGCUGUGGUUGUCAAUAUUUUCAAUAUGUUCAUUAAUGCAGACUGGUUGGGAGCUAUGCUUUUCGCUAUAUUCAUGCAGGGUCUUGUGAUCUCAUUAGCAGACAGGGUAUCUCGGGAUCAGUCUGUGCAGAUGCGCAGGCUGGUCUGAAGCUAUUUUGGCCACAUAUGGCAUAAGACCUUGUUUCAAAUGACGCAUUUCAUAUUGUUAGAAGUUAAUCUGGAAGAGUGGUGUGAAGAGCGGUGUACAUAGAACUUGUUAAGAUUGAAUUCCGAAGUACCUGGGUAACCCAUCAUUACACAUGUGAUAUACGUAAUUACAAUGCUUUUGUUGAGCACAAGACAUACAUGAUGUUACUGCAAUCCAUCAGAGAGAUGGUGUGAUUAAUUUGUUUCUUCACAAGUACCUAUUAUUCUGAAGAUGUAUGUAUGUUUUUUUUGUGAGGAAGCGGAUGCAGUUUUCUUUGUCUAUUUGUUUUUGGUAAUAUCCUUAUCAGAGGUAAUUAUUUCUUACUGUAUUUGAUAACUCAUGAUCAUGGCCUCAUGAUCAGAAAAGCAGCAAGUGCAUAUAUACCAUCAUCUGUUGGUAUUCGUAAUUGAAGGUCAAAAUCAAGUGAAAACAUGUAAAUAAUAUUUAGAAUAAUACAGAAAGUGAUUUGAAAGAUAUACUACUAAAAUAGCUUUUUUCGUAAAUGUUUUGUUUUACAAUAUUAAUAAAAAUUCAUUAUAUGUCUCGAAUGAGUAUUAACAGAUCUAUAUUUAUUGUAAAUACCUUAUUGAAAAUUAUAUAGAACAUCAGUAUAAAGGUUUGUAAUACAUAUAGAAUAACAUAAAAUUUUAACAGUAUUUGUGUAAGAACAAAUGGUUACAUGUAAUUUAAACAACAAUAUUGGAAAAUUAUAUGACUAUGUGUAAAAGGUAUUGAACUUAACUUGAAAUAAAUAGCUAUUUUUGAGUUCUUAAAUCUAUAUGUGCUUAGUAUGAUUGCCAAAUCAGUGACUUUUCAAAUGUUACUUCCUUUGUUAAUCUUGUAGAAACAUUCACUGCUUGAUUCAUACUAACAAUGAACAUCAUAUUAAUUAACACUUUUUAAAAAGGUAUUGUAUGUUGGUAUAUGCAUUUAAACUGUGUAAAUAGCAUAUGUAAUUAUAUUGCAUGCUGACAUAUAUGAAAUAAAGAAGUUGAAUUCUCA